AUGAACCAGAAUGGCUCUGCCAACCGGCAAGAAAGGGAUCUGGAGAUGAGCAGCACGUUGCUGUUGCAAGAGGAUUUGAAGAAAGAUGACGAGAUUACGAUAAAUGGUGGACAUGGAGCGCGGAAGUCAAUGCGAACAACACUGGUUGAUGGUGCUUGUAUUGGAAUGAACAUCUUCAGUACGGUUAUAUUGGUCUUUUUGAAUAAUUGGAUAUUGAAAGAUCCCCAAUUGAAAAAGAUGCAAAUAACCUUCGCCAUGUGGCAUUUCACCUGCACAACUAUCAUCCUCUACCUGGCUAGCCGCUCUCCAUUCAGACUCUUCACCCCAAUCCGACUCCCAUUUUUCCAAAUGAUCCCUCUCUGUACCUUCUUUGCCGGUUUCCUCAUUCUCGGAAACCUAAGUCUAGCAUACAACUCCAUAGGAUUCUACCAACUUGCUAAGAUCCUAACCACUCCCUGCGUCGCACUUCUCCAGUACCUCUUCCUCGCAAAGUCAAUCACCAUGCCCACGAUCCUCGCACUUUGCAGUCUCUGCAUCGGCGUCGCUCUUACCAAUUCCGGCGCCGCGGGUGUAACUACUAUGGGCGCCUCCAUCGCUGUCGCUGCCUUCACAGUAACAGCUUUCUACCAAGUAUGGAUUGGGAAGAAGAUACGGGAUUUCAAUGUCUCAAGUCCACAGUUAUUGUUGAACCAAGCGCCAAUUUCAGUUUUGUUAUUGGCGGUGUUGGUGCCUUUCUUUGAUACCAUGCCGAAGGUUGAGAAGAUUCCUAGAGAUACCAUGAUUGCACUCUUUUUGUCGGGGUUGGCUGCUGCUGCGUUGAAUCUGUCACAAUUCCUGAUCAUAGGUCGAAUGUCCGCCUUAACAUUUAAUGUGGCGUCUAAUGUAAAAACAACUAUAAUCCUCACAUAUGGAUGGGUAAGCGAGGGUCGCUUGCUCACAGCCCAAGAUCUCUUGGGUAUCGUCAUGGCACUUGGAGGCGCGACGGCUUAUUCGCAACUGGCCUCAAAAUAG